CUUACACAGCUCAGCUUCACAGCUUAUCAACUUACACCCCUCAACACCCUAAUCACUACCAACGACACCACCACCACCACCACCACCACCACCAAACCAAAGAGCACCACGCAAUACCACACCGAAAAUGUUACUCGACGAAAACCCCGCCACGCUCAUCCACCACACAAUCGGCAACUUCAACAUCCAACCCGACAAACAAGCCGUCACGCGCAUCAAUGACUCGCUGGCCACGCUGCAGCAGUCGCGCGAGCUGCGCAUGCGCGAGGCCGAGUCCGCCCUCCGCAAGCUCUCGCGCCACCUCUCCGCCUUGAACAACCAACAGGAAGAGGCCGUGGCCGCGCACGACGCCGGCCAGCACGCCGCCGAGAUGGUCGAGCUCGACACCAAGAAGUUCCGCAUCGCCAAGAGCGCCACCGAGCUGGAGAUCGAGAGCGAGCGGCUCGAGGGUGAGCUGGAGAUGCUCCGCGAGCGGCUGGCGGAUCUGGAGGCGCAGGGCGUCGAGGGGGAUGAGCCCACGCGUCGCGAGCGGGAGAUGGAUGAUGCGACGCUUCUUCGAUUGAAAAUCUACCGAUCUCUGGGUGUCGAUAUCGAGGCGGACGAGACGGGCAACUUCAAUAAAGCCGUGAUCCGGAAUAGUCGCAAGGGCGACGUCCAUGUCGUCAACAUUGAUCCGAAAUUCUCGCGGUUCUUCUACUCGAAUUACUUCUGGUCGACGAUGCAGGGGUAGAGAGGGUUGCCUCUUCGGAAUGGCGUUUCUCGUUGGUUUAUAUGGUGUUGGUGUUGGUGUUGGGCUGGGUUCCUCGGCGUCUCUUACUGUAUCUUACAUGAUUGAUUAUACCCCCUCCGCCUCUGCUGAAUCGAAUCUACCUUUCUUUCUUG